AUGGUUCGCAUCGUUUCUUCUCUGCUCCUGGCCUCUUUGGCCUCCACAUUCGCUUGGGCCGACACUAUCAAGUGCGACGCUAAUAACCAAUGUCCGGAGAAAUACCCUUGCUGCUCGCAAUAUGGCGAGUGUGGAACUGGCGCUUACUGUCUCGGCGGCUGUGAUCCCAUGCAGUCGUUCAGUCUGGACUCCUGCAUGGCCGAGCCGAUUUGCAAAAGCAAGACCUACAAGUGGGACAACCUCGACAGUGCUGCGCUGAACACCAAGUAUCUUGGCAACGCGUCGGCGGCCGACUGGGUCUACAGCGGUUUCCCCAAGGUUGAGGAUGGCAACCUGAUCCUCACCAUGCCCAAGAACAGCGUGGGCACUUUGUUCGCAAACAACCACUACGUCUGGUAUGGCAAGAUCAAGGGUAAGGUAAAGAGUAGCCGUGGCAAAGGUGUCGUGUCUGCUUUUAUCCUGCUCUCGGACGUUAAGGACGAAAUUGAUUUUGAGUUUGUCGGCUACGACUUGGAUAACGUUCAAACCAACUACUACUGGCAGGGCGUCCUGGACUACAACAAUGGCGGAAAGGCCCCCGCGGGCAGCAGCACUUUCGACGACUGGCAUGAGUAUGAAAUUGACUGGAAGCCCGAUGCCAUCACCUGGUCAGUCGACGGAAACGUCAAGCGGACGUUGACCCGGGAAUCCACCUGGAAUGAAACCGCAAAGCGCUACCAAUUCCCUCAGACUCCCUCGAGAAUGCAGUUGUCUCUGUGGCCCGCCGGUCAGGCAAGCAAUGCUGAAGGAACCAUUGAGUGGGCCGGUGGUGAGAUCGACUGGGACAGCGAGGACAUCAAGGACAAGGGUUACUACUAUGCCUCAUUCGGAGAGAUCACCGUUGAAUGCUAUGACCCUCCGUCAAACUCGGGAGAUGGCAAGAAAUCGUACAUCCUUACUAACAAGGACGGCCUUGAGGGUUCUUUCAAGCUCAGUAACAACGACACGGUGCUCGCCUCUCUUGGUGCUACCGGCCUCGACCCCGAUCUCGGCGCCAGCUCCUCUUCGUCCUCGUCUUCGAGCGCGUCCACCAACAACAGCGUUCCUGAAAACCGCGGUGGCUCCGGUAAUGAGCCUGGUGCAACUAGCUCCAACAGUACCAGCAGCAGUAGCGGUAGCAGUAGCAGCGGCAGCAGUGAUUCUGGAUUCAGCCAGGGAAGCAACAAUGACAGCAACAACAGCAAUAACUCGAAUGGUGCCGCCUCUGCGAACGAGCGGGUCAUGAAGGGUUCCUUCUUCGCCGUCUUGGUCGCUGUCGUCGUGCUGGUCACUCUGUGA